AUGGGUGCUCUUCGAGGAUACACUAUAGCACAGAUGAAUACUAGUAAUAGCUUUAGAAUUUCUUCGAUUGCCAAUAAGUAUGCAAAUGACACUAGUAAUAAUACAGUAACAGCAAGUAUUUCUAUAAUUCCAGCUGAAGCUUUUACUGAAGAUUGGCACCUGGCUGAGGGUGACCAUCAGAUAGACCUGUUAAUGCAAUUAAUGCAGAAAUACAAUUUAGUAUAUGGAUUAUUAGCUCUAGGAAGUGAACCUAUAAGAGAAUUUUACUUGAAACUCUUAAAAUAUAGAAAAAUGCUUAAUCUCGAUGAGCAACAGAUUAAAGGCCAAUUUCUUCAAGGUUUGUCUUCAGACUUGGAGGAUGAUGCAAAACACAUUGGUACUGAGCAACCAUUAGCUGAUCUUUUUGAAAUUUUAGAGCACAUUGAAAUGCGAAGAGCAGAGAAAAAAUUAGGAUUGGAAUUUGUUCCUAUCCCUAAACCUGAUUUGCCUCCAAAACCAGUAAUAAAGAAAGUUGAAAUUGACUCUGAUGAAGAAUUGGCCAAUCUCACAAAGAAGCAGUUGAAGUUGCACAUAGCUAAAGCUGUUAAAAAAGCCGUGAAAUUGCAACACAGAUACUCUAUUUGCAACAUAAUUCUUACAAUUGUCUUAAAAAUAAGAAAAAGAGCAAGUCUAGAAAUAAAUCAACAAGAAAGUCAAAAUUAA